UGUUGUAGUGAGUGUCCACAGCAUAAGGUGGUGGAUUGCCAGAGCACAAAACAAGAGGAAACAAAACUCAACACAACACACGUACAGCAUCAACCACAAACCACGACUAGUUCAUGCCACUUCGCUGUAAAGUGCCUUCAACACAACAACAACAACAACAACGUAGCAGCGUUGACCCUUAAAUUCAACCAUCCUCAAGUCACGGUUCACCUCCACUUUCAUGCCCUCAUCAAUCAAUGUUAUGUCUUUUACUCUCUCUUUCUCUUUCUCUUUCUUUGUGUCUAUCUAUUCUAUCUAUCUGUCACUGUGUUGUGUUAUGUGUUAUGUCAUAUGUGUUAUGUGUUGUGUUGUGUUGUGUUCUCUCUCUCCCUCCCUUAUCCUAGUCUUUUGUAUUGAUUGCUUUGGUGGGUCUAUUUAUUUUUCUUUCUAACCAAAUGGGUUGUUAAUUAUUUCUCAAUUGGCUUCUAUUCUCACCACCAAGCAUUCUCUUCCUUUCACCACACGGUACUCUUGUUUUCUUUUCCUUUUCCCAUGUCAUCUUCUGCUUUGUCUUGAACCUCUCGUCUCUCGUGCGUUCACACUUGUGAAACCUUUCCUUUUUUGGUUUGUUUGAGAGAAAAACUAUGAUGGCAUUGGAGUGUAGUUUCCACUUCCUAAAUGGGGUUUACAUGGUGCUCUUGUUUUGCCUUGGCAUUGUCCUUGUGAGUUCGGUUAACGAAGAGGGUUUGAGUCUUUUGGGGUUCAAGGCUUCUCUUCAUGACCCAAAUAACAAUCUCUAUAACUGGGAUUCUUCUAAUUUGACUCCUUGCAAUUGGACUGGUGUGUUUUGCACGGGUUCAGUGGUGACUGCUGUGAAACUUUACCAACUUAAUCUCUCUGGUACUUUGGCUCCCACCAUCUGUGAUCUUCCAAACCUUCUUGAGUUGAAUUUGUCAAAGAAUUUCAUCUCUGGUCCCAUUCCCGAUGGAUUUGUUGACUGCGGUGGUUUGGAGAUUUUGGACCUUUGCACAAAUAGGCUUCACGGACCCCUUCUGACUACCCCUAUUUGGAAAAUCACUACACUUAGGAAGCUUUACCUGUGUGAAAACUACAUGUAUGAUGAAGUGCCAGUGGAGCUUGGGAAUUUGGCAUCACUUGAGGAACUGGUCAUAUAUAGCAAUAAUUUAACUGGAAGAAUUCCCUCAUCAAUAAGAAAGUUGAAGCAGCUUAGAGUUGUAAGGGCAGGUCUGAAUGCCCUCUCAGGGCCAAUACCUGCUGAAAUUAGUGAGUGUGAGAGCUUGGAGAUAUUGGGGUUGGCACAGAAUCAGCUAGAAGGUUCCAUUCCAAGGGAGCUACAAAGGCUUCAGAAUCUCACCACUAUACUUCUAUGGCAAAACUCUUUAUAUGGGGAGAUUCCUCCUGAGAUUGGAAACAUUAGCAGCUUGGAACUGCUUGCUUUGCACCAAAAUUCACUAAGUGGUUCUGUCCCCAGGGAACUGGGGAAGCUAUCCCAGUUGAAGAGGUUGUACAUGUACACCAAUCAGUUGAAUGGAACAAUUCCUUCAGAGCUAGGGAACUGCACAAAUGCUGUUGAGAUAGACCUCUCUGAAAACCGUUUGAUUGGGAUCAUUCCCAAGGAGUUGGGGAUGAUAUCUAAUCUUAGCUUGCUUCAUCUGUUUGAAAACAAUCUUCAAGGUCAUAUUCCACGGGAGCUUGGUCAGUUGAGUCUGCUAAAAAAUUUAGACCUGUCACUUAAUAACUUGACAGGUACAAUUCCACUGGAGUUUCAAAACCUUACAUACAUGGAGGAUUUGCAGCUAUUUGACAAUCAACUUGAGGGUGUGAUUCCUCCACAUCUUGGAGCUGUUAGAAACCUUACUAUUCUUGAUAUAUCUGCAAACAACCUUGUUGGUAUGAUACCUUCCCAUCUUUGUGAAUAUCAGAAGCUGCAAUUCCUGAGCCUUGGGUCAAAUAUGUUGUUUGGAAAUAUUCCUGAUAGCCUCAAAACUUGCAAAUCUCUUGUGCAGCUUAUGCUGGGGGACAACCUGUUGACAGGAAGCCUACCUGUUGAAUUGUAUGAACUGCACAAUCUCACUGCACUUGAACUCUUUCAGAACCGAUUUUCGGGGAUAAUAAACCCGGGAAUAGGCCAACUCAGGAAUCUAGAGAGGCUUCUCUUGUCAGCUAACUACUUUGAAGGCUAUCUCCCUCCUGAGAUUGGAAAUUUGGCACAACUUGUCACAUUCAAUGUUUCCUCUAACCGUUUUAGUGGAAGUAUUCCUCACGAGUUGGGAAAAUGUGGUAGACUGCAGAGGCUUGAUCUUAGCAGAAACCACUUCACUGGCAUGCUUCCAAAUGAAAUUGGCAACCUGGUGAACUUGGAGCUGUUGAAAGUUUCUGAUAAUAUGCUCUCAGGAGAAAUACCAGGCACUUUGGGGAACCUUAUUAGGCUCACAGACCUGGAACUAGGUGGAAACCGGUUUUCAGGAAACAUCUCUUUUCACUUGGGAAAACUAAUGGCUCUUCAGAUUGCACUUAACCUGAGCCACAACAAACUUUCUGGCUCAAUUCCUGAUAGCCUUGGGAACUUGCAAAUGCUAGAGUCCCUUUAUCUAAAUGACAAUCAACUUGUUGGUGAGAUUCCUGCAUCAAUUGGUGACCUUCUUAGUCUUGUAGUAUGCAAUGUAUCUAACAACAAGCUGGUAGGGACUGUUCCAGACACCACUACAUUUAGAAAGAUGGAUUUCACAAACUUUGCUGGAAACAACGGGUUGUGCCGUGUUGGCACUAAUCAUUGCCAUCCAUCUGUAUCUCCCUUUCAUUCUGCAAAACAUAGCUGGAUCAGAGAUGGUUCAUCAAGGGAAAAGAUAGUGAGCAUUGUUUCUGGGGUGGUUGGACUAGUUUCUCUAAUUUUCAUAGUGUGCAUAUGUAUGGCCAUGAGGCGCCGUAGCCAUGCUGCUUUUGUUUCACUUGAGGGGCAAACAAAGACUCAUGUCUUGGAUAGCUAUUACUUUCCGAAAGAAGGCUUUACAUACCAGGAUCUCUUGGAAGCCACUGGCAAUUUUUCAGAAGAUGCAGUUCUAGGAAGAGGAGCUUGUGGCACUGUUUACAAAGCUGUUAUGAGUGAUGGUGAAGUGAUUGCUGUUAAGAAGCUGAAUUCACGUGGAGAAGGAGCAAAUAAUGUUGAUAGAAGCUUCCUUGCUGAGAUUUCAACUCUUGGAAAGAUCAGGCACAGGAACAUUGUGAAGCUGUAUGGAUUUUGCUACCAUGAGGAUUCCAAUCUUCUCUUAUAUGAAUACAUGGAAAAUGGAAGCCUUGGGGAACAACUUCAUUCAAGUGCAACCACUUGUGCAUUGGAUUGGGGUAGUCGGUAUAAAAUUGCUCUUGGAGCAGCUGAAGGGUUAUGCUAUCUUCACUAUGAUUGCAAACCUCAAAUCAUCCAUCGUGAUAUAAAGUCAAACAACAUAUUACUUGAUGAGGUGUUUCAGGCUCACGUUGGAGACUUUGGCUUGGCUAAGUUGAUUGAUUUUUCGUACUCAAAAUCCAUGUCUGCUGUGGCAGGUUCAUAUGGCUACAUUGCCCCAGAAUAUGCUUACACCAUGAAGGUGACUGAGAAGUGUGACAUCUAUAGCUUUGGGGUAGUUUUGUUGGAACUAGUUACUGGGAGGUCACCUGUUCAACCUUUGGAACAAGGUGGUGAUUUAGUGACUUGUGUGAGAAGAGCAAUUCAAGCAUCAGUUCCCACAUCUGAAUUAUUUGACAAAAGAUUGAAUCUGAGUGCACAAAAGACAGUGGAAGAAAUGUCUCUUAUUCUCAAAAUUGCCCUGUUCUGCACCAGCACAUCUCCUCUUAAUAGGCCUACAAUGAGAGAGGUCAUUGCAAUGUUGAUUGAUGCUAGGGAAUAUGUCAGCAACUCACCAACCUCACCUACAUCAGAAUCUCCAUUGGAUGAGGAUGAUGCCAUUUCUUCCAAAGAUAGUGGUCUUGAGUUGUAAAUUAUAAGCCUCACUCCUUCCUCCAUGGAGAAAGUUUUUGGUACAACUUCAUUUCUACAAGUUUGAAUCUUGGACAAUCAUGUCCCCUGCCUCAACCGAAUAAGUAGCUUUAUCUAAAAGAAUCUCACAAUCAAUUUGAGAGAAACAAAUGUGCAUUAACCCAACAAUUUAAAGCUACUCUAAUCUAUUAUACCUUUAGAUAUACGAUGAUUCUAUUAACAUAACAAACCUCAAUCUUGCUAUGAUAGCGAGUUGAACAUACAAAGAUCGUCCAAAAUAGGUUCAUUGUGCUUCGAAUACUAAUGAUGACUAUCUUUGUUUAUGAUUUUACACGAUUUGUUCAAAUUUUAAUUGUAAAGUUCUUGCUA